AUGGAGGACUUCAUCGUGAUCUCGGACGACAGCGGCUCCGAGAGCUCCGGGGGGACCCGCUCGGGCCGGGCGCGGAGGCUCCGCCGGGCCCUGUCCCGGACCACUGGCGCGCUGCCCCGCCGGACCGUGGACUUCAUUGACUUAACUAGAGAAACCAGACCAAGGGCAAAGGAUCGCAAUGGACUCUGUGUGAUUGACCUAACAGGAUCUGAGGAAGAAAAUAGACCUAUUGCCACUCUUGACUUGACUCUAGAACCUGUUGCUCCUUCCCAGAAAGAGCCAGCCAGUCUUCAAGCAUGUGCCAGCCUCUCCAGCAAAGAGGUGAUGGAAGGGCGGGUAGACAGAAGCUCUCGGCCUGCAGCAUGGAGAAUCAUUAACAGUGAUCCUGUGGAUUUGGACCUUUUGGAAGAAACUGCAUUUGAAGGUCCCCAGCCCCCUAUGUCCAUCAGUGGGGACUCUGUUUAUCCAGGAGAGCCGAAUUGUAGCUCAACCAUAUUCAAAGAUGACCUCGGCUUCUUGGCAAGCCUACAGCUAUCUUCAGAUAUUCACUGCCUCCCCGCAACAAGCAAUAAUGGUAGCCGUAGCAAUCAAAGGGCACCCUUGCCAUGCCCACAGCAAGAUGUGCCUUGCCCUCCACAAGCCUUGCCAUGCCCACUGCGAGCCUCACCAUGUCCACCACGAGCCUCCUCAUGCCCACCGCGAGCCUUGUCAUGCCCAUCACAAACCAUGCAGUGCCAACUACAAACUUUGCCUCACCCACCUCAAGAAGGGCCAUGCCCUCCUCAAGAUGUGCCAUGCCCUCAGAAUGUGCCAUGUGCUCAGCAGAAUAUGCCAAGUCCACCUCAAGACUCAUCAUGGCAACUUCAACACUCACAAAGCCCACCUCAAGACUCACUGGGCCUACCUCAAGAUGUACCAGGCCCACCUCAAAACAUAACAUAUCCACAAGAUGUGGCACACCUGCAAGACAUGCCACAGUCACCAGGAGAUAUGCUACAAUCAUCAGGAGACAUGCCACAAUCAUCAGGAGACGUGCCCCAGUCACCAAGAGAUGUGCCACAGUCACCAGCAGAUGUCCUACAGUCACCAGCAGAUGUGUCACAGUCACCAGCCAAUGUAGCACAGUCACCAAGAGACACGCCACCGUCACCAGGAAGUGUACCACAUUCACCUGGAGAAGUCCCACACUUAUCAGGAGAUGUGCUACAUUCACCUGGAGACAUGUCAUGCUUGCCAGAAGACAUACCACACACACUUAGAGACUUGCCUCAUUUACCAAAACUCAGGCCUGACUCUCCGCAAAAUGAUGUACAGAACCAUGACACCCCUAUGGAUGUCUCAGCUCCAUCCUCUCCAAGCUGCUCUCCCAGCCCACAGUCUGAAACUUCCGUAGAGAAAGUUCCUUGGCUCUCUGUCACAGAAACUCCAGCCAGAAAAGAGAUAUCACUGUCAGAGCCUGUCAACCCCGGAUCUGCCCAGGUGCAAGCACAAACACCACAAGGUGGGUUGUACAACAGACCAUGCCUGCAUAGACUGAAGUACUUCUUACGACCUCCGGUGCAUCACCUCUUCUUCCAGACACUAAUACCAGAUAAAGACACAAGAGAGAACAAGGGUCAAAAAUUAGAACCUAUCCCUCAUCGAAGACUAAGGAUGGUAGCAAACACCAUUGAAGAAAACUUUCCCCUGGGGACUGUGCAGUUUUUGAUGGACUUUGUGUCACCCCAGCAUUACCCACCCAGAGAAAUUGUGGCUCACAUCAUCCAGAAAAUCCUGCUCAGUGGCUCUGAGACUGUGGAUGUUCUAAAGGAGGCCUACAUGCUUCUCAUGAAAAUUCAACAGCUACAUCCAGCUAAUGCCAAGACAGUGGAGUGGGACUGGAAGCUGCUCACUUAUGUCAUGGAGGAAGAGGGACAAAAUCUGCCUGGGCGAGUCCUUUUCCUACGUUAUGUAGUACAAACCCUGGAAGAUGAUUUCCAACAGAUCCUGAGGAAGCAGCGACAGCACCUGCAGCAAUCUAUUGCAAGCACUGUGCUAUCCUGUGACAAGCAACCCCACAAUGUCAGGGAUGUCAUCAAGUGGUUGGUCAGAGCAGUAACUGAAGACAGAUUAACUCAGUCCCCAAAGGAGAAUCAAACCUCUCCAGGAGCAGGAAUCUUGAAGGCCAGCAGUAGCCACCCUUCUCCCCAACCUAACCUGACAAAGAACACCAAUCAGCUGAUUGUAUGCCAGCUGCAGAGGAUGCUGUCCAUAGCCGUAGAGGUGGAUAGGACCCCCACAUGCAGCUCCAAUAAAAUUGCUGAAAUGAUGUUUGGGUUUGUGCUGGACAUUCCUGAGAGGAGUCAGAGAGAGAUGUUCUUUACAACCAUGGAGAGCCACCUUCUGCGCUGCAAAGUGCUGGAAAUCAUAUUCCUCCACAGCUGUGAGACACCCACCCGCCUGCCCUUGUCUCUGGCCCAGGCCCUCUAUUUUCUGAACAAUUCCACAUCACUGCUCAAGUGUCAGUCGGAUAAAACCCAGUGGCAGACAUGGGAUGAACUGGUUGAGCAUCUACAGUUUCUGUUAUCCAGUUACCAACAUGUUUUAAGAGAGCACUUACGGAGUUCAGUGAUCGAUCGAAAAGACUUAAUAAUCAAAAGGAUUAAGCCCAAGCCCCAGCAAGGAGAUGACAUCACAGUGGUGGAUGUGGAGAAACAGAUCGAGGCCUUCCGCAGCCGCCUGGUCCAAAUCCUGGGGGAGCCGCUCGUCCCGCAGCUCCAAGACAAGGUGCACCUGUUGAAGCUCCUGCUUUUCUAUGCCGCAGACCUGAACCCUGACGCAGACACCUCUCCACAGGCCUGGAGCAGACCCUGA